UGACAUUUUAUUUUCACAAAAGUUAUUUGAAAGAGUAGACACUGUACUUGAGUUUAAUAUAUGCAUAUGCAGUGCUAUAAUAUGUAUAUCUACUGUAAAACUGCAUAUAUACAAUAUUUACAGUAUAUAUAUAUAUACUGUAUGUAUGUGCAUGUGUAAAAAUUAGUUUACAAAAAAAAAAAUAUUAAGCUGUUAACGUUUAGAGCUGAUAGAAGCGAGAGCAGUGCUUCUGUUAAUUAGCAAAUCAGUCAUGAUUAUCGGCUGAUGCAAUUUUGUCUUUUCAUUUUCGUGUUCUGUCACUAAUUCAAAUUAAAUUAUGGACAAAUGCGCUUACAGUAUAUGAUUUGUGAUAGCAGAACAAGGCAGGUGCUUAAGGCUUGGCUUUAUGUCCUCAGAAUAACUAACAUGAAUCAAAACAGUGUAAAUAUAACCAGUCAGUGCGGUCCACUUUUCUCUUCCACCGCUGUAAGUGAUUUUUUAAUUAGUCAGCACAAGUCAUUAGUUUUGUUUUGAAUCUGGUGGUUUAAUGCUAAAUAGCACACGUAGUUUAAGCAGUGAUGAGAAUAUGAUCUUCGGGUUUGUGAACUGAAGUAUGCAUGAAAUGUUUCACUGGUGUGAUGUUCAUUUAACACCUACAGACAUGUGACAUACUAAAGCCACGUCGAAUGUUGGUUAUUACAGAAUCAGGUUCACAUGGAAUCUGAGCUUAAUUUGAUUGCUUAUAAUCUCUGCAAAUCUCCAUCCUUAGAUUGGCUGUUUAUUAAGUAUUUAAACUACCACAUGAAUGCAGUCUCAGCUUCAUAAAUCACACUUUACUGUGUUUGAAUCAGUUGUUUACCAUAAAAAUAUAUAUAAUAUAUUAUAUAAUAUUGCAUUUAUAGACUACUUUUAGUCACGCUUCAUAUUUACUAACAGCUUGCAAAUCAAAUUUUUUUGGCGUUAAAAAAAAGGUCAGGAUUUACUGAAGACACACGAUGAGACAUUAGCAAUGAAAACAGUUAAUUUUGAGGCUGAUCUUUUGCAUAUGCAUUUGUAAAAGUUUCGCUUUCACAUGCAAAAUUUAUGAGAGGAGAAUAUUUGAUUUACUGAGGUUUGCAAUCGAAAAUGUAACCUAUUUAGUGCCUUUGUUGUUAGUAGGUUAAAUGCACCUGAGUAUCAUCGACUCUGCGUUCAUUUGGCUGCUGGUGGAUUGUGUUGGUCGUUAUGGAAAUUAUCUAAUUUGUGCAUUCUCAGUAGCACUUUCCACUCCCAUUUGCGCUUUUAUAUGAUUGCGAUCUGAUGCUAAUUUGUCCCGUUUAGUAAACCUGGCUGUUAGUUGCAUGCACUGUAAUGCAGCACCAUUUAUUUGCAUUGCAUUGCUCAUUUAGUCAAGUUUAGUGUCGUAGUUUGCAUUUCCUUCAGUAAGUGAUUUGCUGUUGCAUUGACCCGAGGGCUUUGGAUCACAAGCUAUUGGAUCUCAUGAUCUCCUGAACUUGCCUCAAGGUGAGACAAUCUGCAAGAAUGAUAGCAGAUGGUUUAAUGCAGUCCAGCAUGCGUCACGUCUGCAUGGUCAGGAAACAGCCGAAGGUGUUCGCCUUCGACCACUGUUUCUGGUCCAUGGAUGAGUCCAACAUCCCGAAGUACGCCGGUCAGGAGGUCGUCUUCGCGCCUCCGGGGAGGGAAUACUGGAAAACGCCUUUCAAGGAUACAACGCCUGCAUCUUUGCCUACGGACAGACAGGUGCAGUUAUAGUGUGCUCUUUUGUGACAGUGACAUCCGUUUGACUGAAAGACGUCAAUAGAUGCUCAUUCUUUGUCAUAAGAGCACUGGUAAUUUCUCUAAAUGGGCCUGCGAGACGUUAAC